CUUUCUCUUCUUGGAAUUUUGCCUGGUGGUUGUCGUGGUCCGCGUUCUUCUAUGUUUCAUGAACUUUUAUUACUAUUUGUACCUUGUACCUAGUUGAACACCCCAUUUCGCCGUAUUUCAAGUUCCAUAAAAUAAUUUCCGCUUUCAAUGGACAAGUGGAAUAAACCAUACGUUCAUGUAAAGGGGAAUGAAUAUGUUCUUGACCGUAUCGAACUAAAAAAAACGUUCAGUGAAUUUGGUAACAUUACCAAGCUUUAUCUAAACAGUGACGGAAAUUAUGCGAAUCUGUAUUUUGACCAACCUGAGUCUGUUACCGAGGCUUGCGCACAAUAUAACGGAGUAAACGGUUGGACAGUGUUUUCAGGUUCAAGAAGGCCCAAAAAAUCUAACCCAUACGACGAAUUUAACUCUAGUACUUCUUCAGUUAGUCAUACCAACUCGGAGGCAAUGGAAGAAACAGUUUAUUAUAAGGGCGAUUUAGUUGAUAUCCAGGGACAACUUGUAUCGUAUUUGAAAACAGAGGAUGGAGAAAUAUUUGUUCGUUUGGAGGAUAUCGAAAAAGCUGGAUUCAAGCUUUUUCAAAAGAAAUAUUAUGAUGUUACUAGGAUUCCUGACAUGGAUGUUCUUAAAGAAAUUGAAGCUAAAAUAUUUCAUUAUGGCAUGGAAUGUUUACUUGAAGCAAAUAGGAUAUUUACCGAAGAAGCGAUUAUAGAUAUGUAUGAAAGGGUAAGGUCUAAGUUGUUUAAUGGCGAAUCUAAGCCUGCAGAUCAUCCUGCACAAAAUCGUCGCAUAAGUUUACAAGCUACCAAUGCUCCAUUAUCUUCACGAACCAAUACUCCUCCAUCAGCUGGUCAGAGAGAAAGGAGAUCAACUUCUGUAACUCGUACUGGAAGCAAUAAUUACCACAAUGGAAGAGAAGAAUUCCAAGCCCCUUCUAGAGACAGAAACCAACGUGAAUCUCGUUCGGAUUAUGCAGGACCGCGGCUUGGCAGAGAAAGAACCCCACUUAGAGCAAGUGGUUCUUAUGUGGCUGAACAAAAGGAAUAUGUGCCCAGUUUUCAUGAACAAAGAUCCAUUAAAAGGGAAAUAUCCGCUACACGAGAAAAAUCCUCCAAUAUUUUUACAAAAGUUGAGCAGCCUGAAUUAUCCAGCUCUUUCGAACAAAAAUGUGCUACAAGAGUCAAACCCUCCAAUAUUUUUACAAAAGAUGAGCAGCCUGAACUAUCCAGCUCUUUUGAGCAAAAAUGUGCCACAAGAGUAAAACCCCCAAGUACUUUUGCUAAAGUUGAUAGGCCCGAGCAAGAAUCACCAAAGGCACAAAUUUCAAAUGUCCCAAAAACUGAAAACAUUACGCAAAUCGGAAGGGUAAAAUUAGACAAAGGAUUUUAUGAGCUCAAAGUCACUUACUUAACUGAAAAACAAAUUUUCUAUGCACAAUUACUUAAAAAUAUCAAUAUAGUCGAAGACAUAUUGCUUCACGUCAAUACCAAAGACAAUCUCUUACCUUUAAUUGAAAAACCCCUGAAGGAUAUGUUAGUUGUUGUAGAAUUUGAGGACCUUUGGUAUCGAGGUGUGGUUAUCCGGGAAUCCGGGUUACCAGGCUCUGCCCUCGUCCAACUAUUGGAUUAUGGCAAUAGAGAGGAAAUCAAAGGCAACAUUCGACAAAUGUCAGAAGAAAUGCAGAAAGUUCCCGCACAAGCUUUCCGGUUCACUAUAACUCAACCUAACUCAACUAUAGAAGUCUCAAAAUUAGAGAUUGAUCAAGACAUAGAGGUGGAAGUUCUGAAACACUUUGACAGUUACGAAACUACUUAUUUAGUUGAUAUUAAACGAAUUAUUGGAUCUGAUGAAGAAGUAAAAACGACUCCGAUUGAAAACCAGCCCAAGGAGAAUGUCAAACCUGCACCUGCUGCCAAAUGCUUUAUGCAGAUAGCGAAACCUACUGUUGAAAUUGUACCUGGCGAAAUGGUGUUUAUUGUAAACCACACUGAUGAUAAACUGAUUGUAAAAAACAAGGAAAUGGCUAGUCUCACUAAAAAAAUAAUUACACAUGUGGCAUCAAUGGAGAAAAAACCCGUAGCUAAUCCAAAAGUGGGCCAGUAUGUAUUGUGUACCUGUUUUGAUCAUGGAGAUGGACUUUUUAGAGCUAUUAUCAAGAAAAUUAUUGGCGAAUUGGCAUCGUUGCAGCUGAUUGAUUUCUCCAUUGAGGAGACACUUCCUUUAACAUCAUUAAGAAACAUUGACGAAGAUCUGGCUUCUUUGCCACCAGCCCAAAUUGAAAUCAACUAUCUACCCUUAAAAAAAUUAACAGAUGACGGACUUACAUUAUUGAGCUCAUUUAUCCGAAACAAAUCCAAAAUCAAAUCGACCGAAGUAAAUGGACUAAUAGAUUUUACGGUUGAUGGAGAAUUAUUAUCAAUGAAAAUUACCCCCCAACUUAGACAACCAAAAUCAGAAAUUUCUAGUCCCAGCCACAAAGAGCCAACAGUUGUAGAACCUGUCAAAGCUGCACCAGUGGGUAAAAAUAAAGAAAAUGUAAAAACUUUCUUUAGAGACAUGCCAUUUGAUGAGCCUAAAGAUGGUGUGAAUCUCUACUUCUGUUAUUCAUAUCAUGGCGCUUCCCUGACUGUGAUCGAUACAAGUUCCAAACAUGUAGAGUUGAUUGAAAUGGUCUCUGUCGAGAAACCAGGGGACAAUGAGCCAUACGAGCCAGCCCAGUUUGAAAUGUGUUUGGCUAAAUAUGAUGAUGGUACUUGGUGCAGGGCCAUGGCAACUGGUGAUAAUGACGAAAAAGUUGAAGUUAAGUUUGUAGACUAUGGCAACAUUGAAAAAGUUAAUAGGGCAGAUAUCAGAAAACUACCAGAAAAUAUGAAGAGUAUUCCCAUAUUUGGAAUAAACGCUCAAAUUGAAGGUUUUGAAAUAACUGACGCAGUCGAGAAACAACUAAAGGAAUUAAUCCCGGAUGGUGAGUUGCUGGAGAUAAAUAUGAAAGUUGGCAAAAAGACUCAGAAUCGUAUGAAUUAUUCUGUUGAAUUACCCAGCAUUCAUGGUAUUUUGAAAGAAGAAGGUUUAGCUAUUUAGUUUUAAGUUUCACAAUGAAAGAGUACCUAUUAUUUUUCUUUCUUAUAUUUUAAGUAUUUUUGUUAGUUUUCAUGGAUUUUAAAUAUUAGGACUGUAUUUUUUUCUUAUUUGUUGGGACACAAGACACAAGAAAUUAUUGUAAAAUUACGAACUCAAGGAAAUUGUUUUUCUUUUAUUAAUGUCUGGCAGUGAUUAGUUGA